AUGCCACCGAAGGGGCGCGCAUGCUACGGCAAGAGCGCUGGUCCAACGCAGCGCAAAGGGAGAAAAUCGACUGAGCUCAUCGCGAACCCAAUGACAAGAGAAGAAGUAGAGGUAUCGCAAAUCUCUCCUGGUCAGUGCAUACCGAUCAAAGUCGUUUUUGCAUGCCAACUAACUCUCCUGAAAGAUGAACUCGGACCAUCACCCCCAACGCGCGCCCCGAAGCCCAUAAAGCGAAUCUUACGUCCGCGUAUCGCUCGCUAUUCCGGAGCGAGCAAGAAAUGUCCCCUAUCGAAGAAUUUGAGGGAAGGUAUACUUGAAGCUCUGAGGUCAGACAAAUACCCAACGUCAGAGGGUGAACACAAACGCGGAACGAGCGUCACAACCCUGGAUUAUACCUCUGAGGACGACCUGAACCUGGUAAUGCCUGAAACCAAUCCUAGAUUAGUGGGAAACUCAGAUGGCAAAGCCGCUGGAAGGGGAACAUCGGGGGAACAGCGUCCCCGAGAACAAUACACGGUAAACAACGCAGCACAAAACCACGCCUGUACCAUCAGACCCAACUUCACGUCUAGGAUGCAUCUCACAAUUGUUUUCGCCGUGGCCGCAACCUCAAUCACCCAUGUUGCCACCAUGUCUGUCCCACGGCCGUGGAUCCACGAAGAUGCCCAGAGCUACAUCCUUGAGCGCAAAAGCAGCGAUGCCCAUCCUAGCAGCAUCGCCGCCGUUGCAAACGACCUCAAGUUGACCACGGGUGAUGCCAAAAAGACAAUUCACCUCAUCCGCGACACCAAAAUCUUCGAGAUCCCAGAAGAUAAGUGGCAGCAGCCCCCUCUCCUCGAGGGCAAAGGCAAGGGAUUGCAAGGCCACGACGAGUACCUACCCCCAGGUCCAGCUCCCCACACCCAAGAAGAAAUCGAUGCCGCCGCCCAUUAUAUGUCACCAGAUGGUGCAAUCGACCUCGACUCCAACCAUGCUGACGCCAAAACAGAAUGGCAGCUCUUCUAUCGAAGCGCUGACUCUGCGGAGGGGGCAGACGGAAAGAGGCACCGCCUCCACUCGCACGAAAACUACUUAGAGGAGCUUGGCCGCAACUGCAGACUGCACAGCCAUGACGAGUAUCUGAAAGACUCGAAGUUGGAUGCUGCAAAAAGCACCAAGUACACACCAGGUGGUACAAAAGAGGGCACGGGGGAGAAGGUUCAGCGACGCUGCGUUUGGAGCAAGAAUUGCAAGGAGAUCUGUGCACAGGGUGGGGUCGGGGGGUUGAUCGGGUGCACAUGGAACUGUGGAGGGGAUGCGAAUAUGCCGACGUGUCCUGAGUAG